AUUGAUGUCUCAAGGUGAGACAUCAUCUACACAGGAGGUGAAAAAUGACUCUGUGGGUUGUACAUGGGCUGGGAACCCUGUCCCCGGCGAGGCUUCACCCAACAGACGACCAGGGGAGAGAAAGCUUCGGUGAUGGGGCUGUGAGUGACCCCCACUGGCUGGUGGGACAGAUGUCUGGGAAAAAAUGCUCGGGAAAUGGGCCCGUAGGAGGAGCCAUUGCAAAUAAAAGCAGCAAACUGUGACAUAACAGCAGAGUUUUGCUUUGGGUUUCUUGGAGGGAUCAGUGGCUCGCUGGGAGGGUCAUCUUGGCCCUCCUCCCCUGUGGGAUUCCCAUUCUCUGAACCUGGGAGAAGCAGGGAGAGAAGCAAGGAAUGAUCAAAACAAUUCUUAUCUCAUUUACUGCUCCUGUGUUGUUCCCAAGGGGAAUGCAUAGUGGAAGAUUGUUUACCUGGAGGGAAUUUGGAAUUGGAUUCUGGUGUGAGUGUUUGGAUUCAGUGACCAAUUGAAUCCAGGUCUGUGUGUGUCAGAACUGUGGGCUGACAGUGAUGAGAUUCUGUGCAGUGGAGUGCAGUUGAGUGCUUGGCACAUUCAGUUGAGAUGUAAUGUCAUAUGAUAUAGAAUGAUAUAGUAUAAUAAAGUAAUUAAUUAGCCUUCUGAUAAGAUGGAGUCAGAUGCAUCAUUCCUGCUGGUCCUCAGACAAAAAUAUCCCAGAUCCUACCCCCCUCGCCUUUUCCUCCCGGUGCUCCUUCUUCCCUGUCCGCACCCGUUCUUCCCUGCUUCUCUGCUUCCACCAGGCAGCUCAUUCCUGCUCGUCCUGGACGUUCCUCCAUUGCUUCACAGGGCCAUGGGGAUGUGGCUGUGGGGCUGGUGGGGGUGACCUGUGCCAGCACAGGGUCCCCAUGCCUGAGCAUGGGUUGGCUGCUGUGUCCCUGUCCUCGAGACCUCUGUGCCACACCAGUGCCCUCACAGAGACCUUUUGGGAACAGCCCCCACACCCCGUGUCCCCGAGCUGCUGUCCCCAUGGUGCCACCCCCACUGAGCCCUGUCCCUUCUCCCUUCCAGCCCAGACCCUCGGCCUCGCUGGUGCCCAGACCACCCAGCUCCUUGUGGAGCCCCCCUGGAGGCCGGCAGUGCUGUGGGACCGGGUGACACUGACCUGCCAGGGCUCCGGGGCUGCUGAUGCCACCACCUGGUACAAGGACGGGCAGCACUGGUGGCAGAAGGGACCCUACCGCUUCACUGUCACCGAGAGUGGCACCUACAAGUGUGACAGACCUGGCACUGGGAUCAGCCCCCCCAUGAGCAUCUUAAAUGAGCGUCUUGUGCUGCAGCUGGAGGCACGGGUGCUGAUGGAGGGGGACAUGGUGACACUGCGCUGCCGGGGCUGGCAGGAUGGCACAGUCACCGGAGUACGAUUUUACCACAAGGAGAAGGAUCUGGGGGGGCCCCUCAAUGGGACCGAGCUGUCCCUGUCCCCUCUGCAGCUGCACCACAGUGGCUGCUACCGCUGUGGGGGCUGGGUGAAGUCUGGGCCAUCCCCGUGGUGGGAGAAGUCAGCAGCGGUGACAGUGACAGUGACAGUACAUGUGCCCGUGGCGAAUGCCACCCUCACCCCCAGUCCCCCGGCACACCAGGUGCGUGCAGGUGACAACGUGACUCUGCACUGCUCGGUGCAGGUGGGCUCAGCCCCUGUCACCUUCACCUGGCUGCACAACGGGCAGGAGGUGGCCCAGGGUCCCCUCCUGGAGCUCAGGGACAUCGAUGUGGGACAUUUGGGCACCUACCAGUGCGUGGCCACCAACCAGCUGGGACAGGAUGGGCACCGCAUGUUCCGGGCACUCAGCCCAGAGCUGGUCCUGUUGGAAACCCCUGACUCACACUGGGUGACAGCAGUGGCUGUGAAUGUCGGCAGGACCCUCCUGUUCCUGCUCCUGCUCCUGGCUGUCAUCGGGGGCUGUCACUGGUGGCACCACCGGGCCUCCAGGAAGCCCCAGGACAGGGUCUCCCUGCGCCACAUCCGCCCAGGUGACCAACAUGGAGCUGCCAGGACCCCAAGGGUGACAGCAGGACCCCAGUGACAUCUACGAGAACCUGCUGUGACACUGGAAGCACAGGGGGUCCCUGACUGAGGGCACCCCUGCGUGUCCCACCCUCCCCAACUCCUGUGGGUGCCCACUGUGCUUGAGGGUUGGCCACGAGCGGGGCUCCCAUGUGGGGCUGCCCAGUGCUCCCAGUUCUAGUGCUCCCAGUGCUCCCAGUACCCCCAGGGGCUCCCCAUUCCAUCCCCCAGUUCCAGGGGCACAGGACCCUUGUCCCUCUUAUUGGACCCAAAAUGCAGCUCUUUGAUUAAACUGGGAGAAAUGCUUUUUGUUUGUUCAGCUCUGCCUGGUCAGCUUGGGAAGGAGAAGAGUCCUGGUCAGGUUGUUGAGCAGAUCGUUCUGUGACUUGCAGGAUUUUUCAAGCUCCCUCAGUCCCUUGAGGACAGGGACAAAAUGAUCAAUUGCUGUAUUUCCGAACGGGUUCCCUUGCAGCUGCUCCACAGAGGGGAAGGAGCUGCCACUCCCUGCUUGUCCCCUCUCGGAUAGCACCUGGCCACGGGCUCGGGGAUCUUCUGCGGUGCCACCCCAUCGCCACUCGUACUGACCCCACAGCUGCUGAGCCCCUCAGGCCGGGGUGGAGCCCAGCAGCAGUGGGAGCACCCCGAGAGCCAUGAGAAUGCUGGGAAGAAGCUUGGGGAGGCCGGGGGUCUCCCCAGAUGCCACCCUAAUGCCUGCCCCAGUUCCAGCCCUGCACGCUGCCCCUGGUGCCCAAAGCCCCACACCCGGUGCUCCUUGAGCGGCGUCUGAGCCCCAGAGCUGCUGCGGAGCCUCGGCUGGGAGGGAGGUGCUGGGAGGGCGGAGGGGAACGGGGACCCUGGAAAGGAGCCCCCGGCACUGCAGGAACAGAGUCCUGGCCUCAGGUCACUGUCCCAGGUCGCGGCUGCCAUCACACUGCGAGCCACACAGCACCCCGUGGUUUGCAUGCAUGAAGCCAGUUUAUUGAUUUGGAAAGCUCCGUUUAUAUACCUUUUCAGCUAUAGCUACAAUUAGCAGCAAUCACAAUGUUUACGUUUCUUAGUAACAUCUCUUAAUCAUGGCUUUGCACAGACUCGCACAGGCAUGUACAGUCUUGUGUGAUUUCUCUCAAACAAAGCAUACCAAGCACACCGUUAUCUUUUACUUCCUCCUUCAAAGUUCUGCUUUCUGUUGCCAAGGCUUGCAGCCUGCUCGGGUCUCCUGGGUUGACUAUAUGAUGCUUUUAUCCCCAAUUGUCUGUUCUGUUUAUGCUGAAUAACAAGUUGUGCAUCUUUAAGACUUGUUCCGAGAGUGAAGAGGGGAGAGAAGUGGUGCAGGGUUUUGUUUUCAGAAAGCUGCACCCACUCCUUGUGAUAAAUAGGUGUGAUUUGUGCUGACAAAAUUGAAACAGUAAUCAAUAUUGAUACAGUAAUUAAUAUUUGGUAAUAACAAAAUAGUUAAAAAGUGUAAUGCCAGGAAAGAGAAAGAGGAGGGGUCCAUUCCCCCCCCUUCUCCAGAUGUUCAGAACAGAAGGAAGCAAGAGAUAACUAUUACUAAAUCUAUCUAAAAGAGAGGAAAACUUGGUUGGAAAACAGGAAAAUGUUAAUUAUAUGAAAUUUAUUGCUUUAAUGUUAGAACAUAAUAUUGCCUUAUAUUAUGUUAGCUUUGGCUUAUACUAUACCGGCUUGGUGGGCAUGUGUAAUCCAAAAAGUGAAAUAAAGGACAUGAAGAAAGACUAUAGGCCUUCCUCAAGACAAGCCCCAAAGAGUGAUGUGACCACCUAAAAGGAUGGUGGAGCAUGCGUGAUGAAGGUGAUGAUGAGGGUGGAGAUACAAGUGUGACAAAUCGAAAAUGGGAGGAGAUGGUGAUGACAUACAGCAUAAAAAGAGGAAUUGUAACUUGAUAACCUUGUACAUGAGGUGGCAGGGGUCUAAAGCCCUUGCACUCCCUACUCUGUAUGGUAAAUUUUUGCUUAUGUGUUAUUAUCAGAACCAAAUUAUUCCUCAUUUUAACCAAAUUAUAUUGUCAAUAUUUUGAGUGUAUCCAAUUUUAUAUAGUCUAAGCUACUUAAUUAAAAUUGCUGCUGCAUUUAAUUUUGUUUGGGUUUUUUUUUGUGAUUGGAUAAUCAGGCAAACAUAACACUCCUCAAUAUUCCUGUUUGUUGACUGUGGAAGGACAGAUAGAGGGACAGAGCUCUCCUUUGUUUUAGUUAGUUUUAGCUAGCUAAAGAGGCAAAGAAGUUCCCGGGACUUUUUUUUUCCCUUUCUUUGGACCUGUUUAAACCUGCUCUGGACUGAACACCAGAAGAGCACUGUCAGC